AUGGGAAUCAAUGUUUUAUAUUACGGUGUUGUUAGAAAAUUGUCGAUGUACGCAAAAUGUCAUGGAGAAACUAUAAAAGAUGUUUAUAAACUAAAAAAUGGUGGCCUUUUCUUUUGGAUGAAAACUAACCCAAAACGAGAGAGCAAGUCUACUGCUAGAUCUUCGGACGCUAGAGCGAAAAAUAGAAAUGCACAGCCUGCUCCUCAACCUCCAAGACCAAGACCUGUGCCCGAACGUGAAGAACCACAGGAGGAAGGUGAGGAGGAGGAAGGAGAGGAGGAACCGGAAACUGAACUUGUAGUCACUGGAAAAGACCCAACAAUCUAUUGUAUUUGCAGACAAAGCUAUAGCCACAGUGAGUUCAUGAUCUCGUGUGAUCGAUGUGGGGAUUGGUUUCAUGGAAGAUGCAUUGGAAUGACCGAAUGGUUCUCCCGGCACAUUGAUAUAUACCACUGUAGACGUUGCGCUUUGCGAGCGAAUCUUCCUCAAGUCAGAUUUAACACAGAAUACAUGAAAGAGCUUAGCCGAAUCAUGAAAAUAAUUUACUCAGACAAACAAAUGGACGAAGAACGAACCGUAUACCGUUGUGACUUGUGCGUUGCUUGUCUGAGGCAGAAGAGAUGUAAUAGGUGCGAUCCGUGCAAUAGGGCGGUACCAGGAUUGUGUUUAAAGAUGAGAUGUGUUCAUCUUAGUUCCCAUCCUACCAUGAUCCGAGGGAAACAUUUGCGUGAGAUCACGAAGCAUUUUACCGAAGAAGAAUACGCUAAGCUGAUAAAGCCAGCACUUCUAACCGCCGUGGCUACUGCUGCUGCUGCUGCUUAUGAAACGAAAAGCACUGGUGCUGACAACAGUACUGUUGUAACUGCAGCUUCCUGCGCAGUACAUAAAUUCGCAAUCGCCAACAGUGGACGUAAAAAAUGGAAGAAGGGAUCACCUUUCGUCCCAUUUCAAAUAAAAUCCUUGGAACAUAUCAUACAAGAAGAAGAAGAUCGUGAAGUUGAGGAAGCGGAAAAAAAAGAAGUCCUGUUGGCUGAGAUGGACGUCUUUCACGAGGAGGCGCAAAAAAAACAAGAGGCGCAAAGGCAGUUAGAACAAAGAAGGGAAGUCCAAAUGUGGGAGAGGAAGUCGAAGCCUGAUAAAACUAAAAAAGUUCGGCGCAAGCGAAGGGUUAAGACUGAAGAAGAUGCUGAAGUCAGCGAAGUUGAGAUUCCUAAGCAAUGCAUGGAGCCCUCUUGUGUUAAACUUGCACGAGUAGACAGCAAGUACUGCACGGAAGAAUGUGGAUUGAAACUUGCACAGACUAGAUUAAGAUGUAUUCUACCUACUCGGGUUGAGAACUUCUGGAGUACUACUCCCACUACACACGUUCGAUUCAAAAAAUGGAUCGAAGAGCUAACCGAAAUUUGCACCAUCAAUAACGAUCGGAUCAAUGAGCUUUUAUCCUACUAUCAGAUGGUGAUGCGAUAUAUAAAUGCAUUGCAUAACUUGGAGCCUAUGGAUGAAGAUGAAGAUGUAGCCCAAGACAUGAUCUCCAACUGUACUGUUUGUGGAGCAGAAGUGAAUGCUCGACAACUUCCGAAACAUGUUGAACGCUGUUUUGUUCGUUCUGAAAAACAAAUCACUUUUGGUGCCCAGCAAAUGGCAGCAUUCAAUCCACAUGAACUUUUCUGUGAAUCCUAUAACAAAGCCAGUAACACAUUUUGUAAACGUCUAAGGGUUAUGUGUGCUGAGCAUUACAAGGGGGAGCUUGAAGAAGGGAUCAAGAUUUGUGGAUGCCCGUACUAUUUGACCGGCAAUAACAUGAAAGCUUUCUCUGAUAUUUUUAUCGGCGAGUCUGAAUUGUUGGAAGGAGGUUUCUGUACAAAUCCUCGUAAAACAUGUACUCUCCAUCAUAGAUGGAUUCAAACUGUGUUCGGUAUCAUCGAAACCGAAAGAAUGAAUUUGCUUACAAAGUUUGAAGAACUUAGUGAAAGAAGAACAGCUUUAAUGACUGCAAACCGCGAUCGCGGUGAUUUGAUUUCUCUCCUGUGUUGUGAAACAAAAAGAGUCAACAAUGAUCAGGAGCCUAAGAAGGACAUAUGA